AUGGCGAAGAUCCGGGUGUCUUACGAGUACACCGAAGCCGAGGACAAGAGCAUCCGGCUGGGCUUGUUCCUCAUCGCCACGGGCAUCGUGUCUCUCUUCAUCCUGGGCUUCUGCUGGCUCAACCCGGCCCUGCAGGACCUGCAGGGCAAAGCGGCCAACUGCACGGUGGUGUCGGUGCAGCAGGUCGGCGAGCUCUUCGAGUGCACUUUCACGUGCGGCGCCGACUGCAAGGGCACCGCGCUCUACCCCUGCCUCCAGAUCUACGUCAACAACUCCGAGUCCGACGCCCGGGCGCUGCUGCACCAGGACGAGCACGAGCUGCUGGCCAACCCCAAGGUAAGCCCGGAGGAGGCGCAGCCCCGGAACCCUCCUCGGCAAGCGCUCCUCGCCAGCGGGAGCGCCCUCUGGGCGUGUGCAGAGGGCAACCCGCUGAAAUCUUGGGACCUCGGAGGAAGGGUUGGGGAGGGGGAUGAACAGGAGUGAUUUGACCUGGGGCGCGUUGGGGGUUUGAGAAAGGAAGCCCCGUUACUCGCCUGCCCGAUCCGCCAGGGGAUCCGCAGAAAGGCGGGAUUGGUGCCCUCGUCCUGGAGUUGGGCGAGUGUAAGCAGGGGCAGCCUGUUGCGCCUCCGUGCGUCCCCAGGUGUCUCCACUGGACUCUGCGGGCAACGAUCGACUCUCGGACCAAGAAAGAGGGUCAGGAGGCUCCGGGGAUGUUCCGGGACUCGAGACAGCUGGCAACUCUUGCGGCUUCGUCAGUGCCAGAGGAGCUUGCCGCGGAUCUGUCCAACUGGCCGGGGACCCGAGUCCAGAGCCCCGUAGCCCAGAACAUCCUGUCCGUUCCACAGAAUGCAAGACCUCCUGCCCAUUGGGCCGCCCACGCUCUAGAAGUCGCCCGCUCCAAUAGGAAGCCGGGGCUCCGGUUCUUUUCAGAGUAGCCAGAAGCGCAGCGAGCGCAGCUUUGGAAAGUUUGCGCCGAUGACAUUUUGCGCUGGUGGGGAUGCCUUUCCCCACUGCGCCUCCUCCCCCCUUUACUGGUUGGGAUCUCUGCUGGAGCAGGUGGUAUAACGGGGUUCCUGAGAGCGUGCAGAGCGCUUUUACUUACAGAACUGUUUUGCCUUCUCAUUACACCUCAGGGUAACGAAGGUUGCCCAAAACUGGCAUGUUAUAGUGGUUAGAGUGCAAGAGAGGCUCUGCCUCAAAUCCCUAUUGUGUGGCAAAGCUCGCGGGGUGACCUUGGGACACCUGUUCUUUCUUACCACAUAGCCUCCCUCACAGGGUUGUUGUUGUGGGGAUAAAUGUCAAGGAGAGGGUAUAUUCGCCACCCUGGGCUCCUUAGGGUUUAAACUACAAGUGAUGUUAAACACGUUCAUUGGCAUUGCUUGUAUCUUUUUAAAACUGUAAAUAGCUGCAGCUGCAGGGGUGGAGUGUGUGUGUGAUCGGACCUGGGACACAUGAGCCUGCAGGUUUGAAUUCUUGCAGCACCAUGGUCCUGAUGCAAAUUGUCCCCCCACCUGGAGCUUCUAUUUGCCACAGGAGGAAUAUUACUACUGCUACUUAAAACCUUGUGAAGUAAGGUGUUGGUGUUCCUAUUUCACAGACCGGAAAACUGGGUGAAGUAAAUUGCCCACUGUUCUCUUUGCAUAGUGUGAAUGUUCAAAUUUCCCCCCAUAAAUCAUUUGUGUUCUUGUUCUUUCACCUCUUCCUGGCAGUGGAUGUGCCUGCUAAGGGUUUGGCAUUAAAGUAGCCCUGGUUUUGGAGGGGAAUCUGGGCAGAACCUGAUUUAAAAGGAAAGGAGAUUUCUAAUUAAUUUCAGGGAGGGAGCCAAAAAUUGAUUGAUAGUUGCCUGAGGCACUGGAAUCUAUUAGAAGUAGUGGAGGCAACCGUGACAGGCUUGGGCCAUGUCCACUGCGAUACAGAUAUCUCACUUACAUGUAUUUGUAUCCCUCCCCCCCGCCCCCAGUUGCAAUAAAGGGAUUAAGCUGCAAACAGAAAGUCCCCUGUUCAAAUUUCAUCUCUGCCCCGAGCUCCCUAGGUAGCCAUUGGGGAACCACUCCACCUUGUUCUUCCCAUCUGAAAUAUGAGAGGUGUUUAUACAGAUUUACCUUGCAGGGUUUGGUGUGUAGAUCACCUGCUUUACUCUCCCCCCCCCCCCAAUUUUUUAAUCACACACCACACAGAGGUAAGCCAAGGUUUGGCUCUUAGUGUGUUGUUUGAACCUGGGCUUGCAGUUAAACUCUCUCCUUACUAACCACGAGCUCUAGCCAAGAACAAAUCCUAACUACAAUCCCAUGCCUGGAUGACACGCUAAGCCAAACCUUGGCUUGGCUGGUGUGCUGCCCUGAGUUAAAAGGACCAGGGAGGAGCAAAACGGGUGUGAUCUCCUCACGGGGAGCCUGCGCAUUUGCACUGAUCUACGGUUUGGCUUCGCUCUAUGUGCAAACAUGGGUAGCGUACAUGAAUCACCUUGAGCACUUGAAUAUCCAAAUAUUGGGUGGUGCUACUAUUGUAAAUUUUAUUUUUGCACUUCUAUCCACUUGGGACGCGGGUGGCGCUGUGGGUUAAACCACAGAGCCUAGGACUUGCCGAUCAGAAGGUUGGCGGUUUGAUUCCCCGCAACGGGGUGAGCUCCCGUUGCUCAGUCCCUGCUCCUGCCAACCUAUCAGUUCAAAAGCACAUCAAAGUGCAAGUAGAUCAAUAGGUAGCACUCUGGCGGGAAGGUAAACGGUGUUUCCGUGCGCUGCUCUGGUUCGCCAGAAGCGGCUUAGUCAUGCAGGCCACAUGACCCGGAAGCUGUACGCCGACUCCCUCGGCCAAUAAAGCGAGAUGAGUGCCGCAACCCCAGAGUCGGCCACGACUGGACCUAAUGGUCAGGGGCCCCUUUACCUUUAUCCACUUACAGUUCACGUAGAUAGGUUCACUUGGACUCUUUGAGUCACUGCAUCCAGCUGCAAAUUCCCAGCUGCUUGAGCUUAUACCCAAAAUGGAGCCGCAACCUGUAACAGUAGCCUGAUAAAGUUUCCUAUAUGAGGCAUGUUUCCAAAUUUCCAUCUCACAUUUUCUGGGGGUACACUUACAAUUGUUCUCAUCAGGCCUGUAAACCCAGUGUGCAAGUCGGGGGGGGAAUUAACACGAGUUUUAUUUUUUAAAAAAACCCACACAGCAAUGUGGCUCUGUUUUGUAGGAGAGACAAAGAACACCCUGCAAUUUAUGUGUGCUAAUGAAAUCCAGAUAAUGCCUUGAGAUUCUUACUUGCACCAUCUUUUUCAUUAGUAGUGGCAAUUUAAAAGUGUGACUGGUUUCUUUCUUUUCCUCGGGUGGCGAAAGCUCUCUGUCCAUUAUUCAUUGCAAAAGUUGUAGAUGGCAAAUGAAUUGCUCUUGCUUUUUUAAAAAAAGUAUGGUGGCUAAAGCAAUAAAAAGGUGGGUGGCAGAAUCAUGGCUACUCCUGAGGCAACCUCUAAAAUAAAUGGAUAGCUAUCUCCUUCUGUAUCCACCUCAAGCAUCAGGUUAAAUGGGCUAUUGGUUUUGAAGGUUCCAUGCUACAGUAAGCCCGUUAGAUGGGCAGUGAAGAUGUGUCUACUUUCCUAGUACUUCUGCUCUUAUAAGCUAACUCUGGCUAUUCGUCUUCACCUCUGAUCUGAUUUGCCUCUAAUAAUUCUCAAAAUGCAGGAUCAGGUCCACCGGUAGGUCUUGGAAAUGACCAAGGCAGUUGCUGUGAUUUUUAAGAGUAGUGAAGCAGAGGCAGUCACUACUAGGAAAGUAAGGACAAGAUAGUGCUAUCCUUUCAUUCAUACAUGCAUACAGCCUGACCAGACUGACAACUGAAACUUCCUAUCAGCCCUGGCAUUGGGACAGUGUCCUCCACUGCACUUGAGGACAGCUGGCAAAUUUAGGGUAUGCAGGGCAGGGCAUGCGGCAUGCACAGCACCUGUCCUGCAACACCAUGCUCACUGGUUCCUGCUCACUGCCUGCUCAAACAAUGGCUAUAAUGUAGCAAUGGUAGCACCAGUAUGCAUCAGCUGAGUGGGCAAUCUGUGCACAUGUGCAAUGUCUGCUGGAAGUGCAUGACCUCCUUCCUUAGUCAGGGGCCUUUCCCAACAGUGUUAUCUGUGAUGCGUUGCGAGAAGGUGAUUAGGCAGGAUGGCCGGCCAACUGUUUUGUUCUGCUCCCCAGGAAGAGAUCACUGAACAAGGCAGGUUGAGUUCUUACAGCACCAAGGAGAGCUCCUAGUGAGCAACUUUCUCCAUUGAAGGCUGGAGGUGAAUUGAGACCCCUCUGAGUGUUUGCUGCCAAUUCCACCUCUUCUGUGCUCUUCCCUUUUUGUUGAAGAACUGCAGUUCUUGAAAGGCCAACCCUCUGACCCGAAGACUGAUGCUUCUCCUUUGCUGCAUGGGCUCUCACCUGGUGCACUUUCUGGGAGGCAGUCAGUUCCUUGGGCCCAGAGAAGUGCCUACAAGGGUCCUGGCUCUGCUUCUACAGACUCUGGUGCUGUGGGAUCUCGUUCGGCAGGUGCCUGUCUGCCAGCCUCAUGUUCAGAGCUAGGAACCUGGUCCAGCUCUUCAACUGGUGGCACUGUAGCUUCUGACUCAGUGGCUUGGUCACUGCUGGUCUCUAGGGUCAUGACACCAACUCAUGCCAGCAACAAGCAAACAUUGCCACUGCCAAGUCACCAGCUUAGGAGGAUAGAAAGGGCCAAGGAAGCUCAAGAGAAAUGGCUCCAGGGGCAGGGGCAUGUUACUUGUCCCAGUAUCUGUUGCCUGAGGUAGCUACCUCACUCUGCUUAAAGGUAGGACCAUAUAUGAUGUAGAAUAAGAAACAUAUUGUUCCUUGUGGUAGUUGAGCUAUAAGUAAAAAAAACCAAAGUCUUGACUGGAUUUGUCAUCCUCCCUUUUGUUUUCUCUUGUUCUUUAGCUUUGACCUUGGUGCCUGCCCGCAUCUACCAUCAUCCCCUCCCUUUCCUCUCCUCCUUCUUGCCCUCGUUUACUUACAUCAUUGCUGCGUUCCCUUGUGGCACAGACAUAUUUUAAGCAGGUUCAGAAAAUGGAAAAACACCUAUUGUGCUUAGGAACAUCAGAAGCUGCCUCAUUCCAAGUCAAACCAUUGUUCCAUCUGACUUAUUGUCUAUACUGAUGGGAGCGACCUGCCAGUGUUGUAGAAUGAACAGGGAAAGGUGUGGUGUGAGAAUCUAGAAGAAAGAUGCUAGUCCUCUCGUGAUUAGUAGCUCAUGGCUUCGUCUUAUUGUUUGGGUGGCUCUGGAAGAGCCGCUUAGAAUGGCUGUUGUCCUGCGACAACCAUGUUUCACAUGCAUCCUCAAAGUGAUACGAAGAAGGUGCCCCAUUGUCAUUUAAAAAGAUGCUGUGAAGUUUUGGGUGGGUUCUUUUGUCCCUUAUAAUUGCCUCAAAUCUGAAAGUUCCUUAUUUAAAUGCUGGGAAGAGUGUAUUGUGAUUGAUUGUGGUGUCUUACAGCACCAGGCUGUUCAUAAGCGUGAUGUUCUGAAUGAAACAAAACUGCUGAGCAGAAUCAAGUUAGGAUAUAAAUGGCUGUUAGGACUUUUGAGCAUAAAAAGUCAAAAACUUUACAGUGGUACCUCUGGUUACAUACACUUCAGGUUACAGACUCCGCUAACCCAGAAAUAGUACCUCGGGUUAAGAACUUUGCUUCAGGAUGGGAACAGAAAUUGCACAGCAGCGGCGCGGUGGCAGCGGGAGGCCCCAUUAGCUAAAGUGGUGCUUCAGGUUAAGAACAGUUUUGGGUUAAGAACAGACCUCCAGAAUGAAUUAAGUUCUUAACCUGAGGUACCACUGUACAGUGCAGGGCAGAGGAGGAAAGAGAAAACCAACUAUUCAGUGGUGCAGCAAAGCUUAGCUGUGGUUACAGGGCUGGACUUACCAUGAAGCUGGGCAGAAGUUUCUCGAGAGAUUGCCAACUCACUUCCUUCCCCCAGUCAAGGUACCUGAUUGGAUACUUUGAGAAGCAGCUUGCUGGAGUAGAUGGAUCUUUAGUUUGACCCAGCACGACUAUUCUUAUGUUGCUUGUAUGUCACCUUUUAAAAGUAAGCUCCACUUUUUAAGCAGGGUUACCACUCUGCCUUUUUAACUUCAGGUGCAAAUGGGUCUAAGAUCAGCAGCAAGUUGAUAGAAUGGGCCAAGGUGAGGGGUGCAGGCUGGCUGAGGGUUGGGGAGUUGCUGAACAUGGCUCAGCAUGUGCUCUUGCCAACACACACCUGAGGGGAAGCCUGGUGAACUGAAAUGGACAAAGAGAUGAGAAGAAAGGGGAGAAAUGAAUUCAAUAAAUAAACUGCGGAAAUAAGAGAGAGAGUGAAAAACAAUGGUCAUUAACUGGAACUGGAGGCAUCUCCAAGUAAAACAGGAAGCACAAUUGAGGCUUAGUUUCCUCAAUAUCUGUUGUUUGUAUAGCUCCUUGCUUUGAUGCUUCAGACUUUAUGUUCAAGACUCAUGAAACGGGGUAAAGGGGACCUGCAACUAGCUGAGCAUGUCCUUGCCCAUGAGUUGGUGUUUCUUGUAUUGGAGAGGGUGACUUCAGAGCUAGGGGAUUCUGAGGGAAUAAACUGCUUGUAAAACUUUUGUCUACCAGUAAACUCUAGUUAACUACUCUGUGACUAACUUUCCUCGCUUCACAGAGGCCUCCCAUUUACCAGCAGGCUUUGAAGAUGUAUUUGUCUAUCGGCAGAGCUCAGCCUUUCUUGUUUUUAUAGCAUGGAACAUUUCAGAUCAUCACACCUUAGAGGAGCAUAUGUAGGUUUUCAGCCCAUGGGCCACAACAUGCCAAGGACCACAUGCCAGUGGUUAAGUGAGGCUGGGGGCAGAAGUUGGUGGAGCAAUGCAUGUAAAUGUUACCUUUCUGCAGUAGGGUAGCUUCUACCCACACGCUCACCCACCCCUCUCUAUCCUCUACCUAGGCAAGCAAAAGGCCUUAUUUCAGGGUGUUCAGGGACACAUUCCAGACCAGUGUUCGAAACUAGGCAGGUGCCAGGCUCAUUUUGCUACUGGCACAGGUCCAAUUGUGACCACAUGGAGAUUUCUGGGUGACAGGUUGAUGACUGCAGUUACCCUGCCUUAGUCCAUAGUUAAUACCACUUCCAUUUCCCCUGUGUGGAUUUCUCCUUCUUGCAUACUGGGACAAGUGAGUUGCUGUAAGAGCAAGCUACAGUCAAGCAAUGUGGUUGAGAUCACAGAAUUAUACAGCUGCAGUGUUGGAACUGAUCCCAAGGGCCCUCUAGUCCAACACUCUGACUAAUAGACAUUAUGUUGUGGUGACCUUAACCCGAGUUUAAGGUGCCAUUUGGCACCUUACUUAUAUAUCUGAGUUUCUAACACUGUCAGAUGGGUAAAAGCACUCGGAGAACAGUGAGGAACAGUGAGGGCUUGGGGCGGAUUCUGAUGACCAGAUAGAGAGGCCUGGCAGGACAUGUUCAGCCCCCAGGCUUGAAGUUUCCCAUCAUGUACAGUGGUACCUCAGGUUACAUGCGCUUCAGGUUACAGACUCCGCUAACCCAGAAAUAUUACCUCGGGUUAAGAACUUUGCUUCAGGAUGAGAACAGAAAUCAUGCUCCGGCGGCGCGGCGGCAGCAGGAGGCCCCAUUAGCUAAAGUGGUGCUUCAGGUUAAGAACAGUUUCAGGUUAAGAACGGACCUCCGGAACGAAUUAAGUACUUAACCUGAGGUACCACUGUAUGUAUUUUCAUCAGCCUGCCGUGCUUCUGUAGAAUUCUCAUUCCAUUGCUUGCUCGAGGAUAGCUGAUCUUCAUUUUACAUGUUGUUAUUGUCUGGAUUCUAGUAGAGCUGUUUUACUCCUCUGUGUGUUUCUCACUCUGUUCAGGUGCCUUGUACCCUUCAAAGCCGUUGCCGCUGUGUUUUUGUUUUGUUUGUUGCUAAUGAGGGUGGAGGUAGAGAAUAAGAAGCAUCUUCUUGGUUGAGGGGGGAAAAUAAAGAAGGCAGAAUGUGGAUGCAACAGAGGUUGCGUCCUUUGGUUGCAUGGCAACCAAAUUUUGCUUCUUUCCCAACUGGAUAUGCAAGAUGAAGAAGGCAAGUGGGAAACCAAAGGAGAGGGGGAAAUGGAGCAGCAAGACUGGAGGGGCAGAAUUGGCAAGAGUGUAGUGAAGGGGAGGGUUUUUAGGUCAAACCACCUCCAACAAUGGAGGUAUAAAAUAGCCUCAGAGUUGGUAGUCAUUAUCAUCCAUGAACAAGCUUUCCCCCCAAUUUUUUCCCUUAAGUUCUCAGUUCAUGGGCACUCACUUGCAAAAGCAUUGAGUUUCUAACAACAAUACAAGAUUUGGGAAGCAAGUGACCCAUAGAUAUCCCAUCCAGUCCCCCCACCUCAUUCUGCUUGGAAUACAAAAAAAACAAACAAACAUGGACAAGCUAUUAUUUUAAUUAACUGAACAUUACUAAAAUGUCUAUUUGUGCUACAGUGAGAAUUAAUGCCUUUAAACAAAAUUAGAGACACCAUAAUAUUUACUUUGGAAAUAGACACCAUUUCUUGGUGGAAGGUGCCUUCUGAGCAUUGCUAUUAAUUCAAAUGUGCGUGCCUUUCUGCCUGCCUGCUGUUUAGAAUGGAUAAAGCACUAACUCUGAUUGCUUUGUGAAGUAUUAGGUUUUCAGGAUGGCUUCUAUGAUAGCUCACGGUGAUCCAGGAACAGAAAAGAAAGCAAUUAAAGUAGAUUUUUUCCAAUUUACUUGCUUUACUACAGGUGAAGGGAGUCAAUGUUGCCUAAUCCCACUCUAGUUGCAGGCAGAAGACACACCCACCCUUUUUAAAGGAGGCUCAAAUCUGCACCACAAUGUGUACAUCACCAUCCAUAUUAGCCAUGCCUACAUCUGUAUAUAAACCUCAUUUCCAGGAUCAAGAAAAAUGUACAACGGACGCUCGGGUUGCAAACGUGAUCCAUGCGGGAUGCACGUUCGCAACCUGUGUCUGCGCAUGCGCAGGUUGCGAUUCGGUGCUUCUGUGCAUGUGCAAAGCACAAUUUAGCGCUUCUGCGCAUGCGCGACCCGUUCCACAUAACCCGUUCCGGUGCUUCCGGGUUUCGGCGGUCCAUAACCCGAAAAAACGCAACCUGAAGUGGCUGUAACCCAAGGUAUGACUGUAUUCAGAAUUUAAGGAGCAAUUAAGUAAAUACUGCCUUAUAAUUAACAACUUGCCUGGUAGCCAUUGGUGAUCAGGAAUCCCAUGCAGGUGAGUGAGCAAGGUGGAGGGAGCAAGAUGGAUCUUUUCACCCAGUCCACUUGGUUUCCAGGCUAGCCGUGCGGAAGGAAAGUCCCUUUCUUCAUGACAAGCAUGGAAACUGGACAGGUUGGUGGAAGUGGAACCGAUUGCUCUGUUUCUCCUCUGCAAGUCUACUUGCUAGAAGACUACUUGGUUUGCAUUUCCAUGCUGGCUGCAGCAGAGGGAGGCUUUGUCCCCCGCCCCGCCCCGCCCCACCCCGCCCCAAGCUAGUAACUUUUGUGGGCUUAUUUACAAGGCUGAGUAACUUGUUACCAUUGAUGGGAUCCAGAAGGCUGCAUGUGUUAUUGCCCUCCUUUGCCCAUGUCAACAUCCUUCUUAACAAUCCUCCUUAAAUUGUGACGUGCAGAACUCCAGGUGGGAUAUCAGAACAGAAAUUGCCACUUGCCUUAUCCCUUCUCUGUUAGCCUCCAGUAUCCCAACUCAGCACAAAUGGGAAGCCUACAGGUUCCUGGUGGGCAGUAGAUGAAUUAUUUGACAUGGGUUGCUCAUAUUCUCCUUUUGGGCUAUUGAAGACAUGUGACGUAGUAUUUUACUUAUUUACAAAAUAAAAAUAAAUAAAUACAUUUGCUUACCUGUCUUCCUUUUUGUGCAUUGAACUUGAGCCACAACUCGCCAGGCUUUGUCUCAGAAUCUGCUUUCGUUGCUAGGGCUAAUGUACAUACAGAUAAAAGGUAAAGGACUCUUGGAUAGUUGAGUCCAGUCAAAGGCGACUCUGGGGUUGCGGCGCUCAUCUCGCUUUCAGGCCGAGGGAGCCGGCGUUUGUCUACAGACAGCUUUCCGGGUCAUGUGACCAGCAUGACUAAACCGCUUCUGGUGCAACGGAACACCGUGACGGAAACCAAAGCGCACGGAAACACUGUUGACCUUCCUGCCGCAGCGGUACCUAUUUAUCUACUUGCACUGGCGUGCUUUCGAACUGCUAGGUUGGUAGGAACUGGGACAGAGCAACGGGAGUUCACUCUGUCGCAGGGAUUCAAACCGCUGACCUUCUGAUUGGCAAGCCCAAGAGGCUCAGUGGUUUAGACCAGAGCACCACCCACAUCUCGCCAUAAUGUACAUAUAUCGGUCCUUAUAUAGCGAGUGUUUCCUUCACUACUGGUCCCAUCGCACCUGAGGUUGUGGAUAUGGACUUUGAGGUCUGAGUAUAUCUGCAGGGUUUUUUUUUUAAUAGAAAUAAGUGCUACCUAAAACAGCUCCGAAAAGGAUUCAGAACAGAAUAGGCUAACCUGUGAUGACACAAGAGGCCCUUCUCAUCGACUGCUUAUUCAUGUUGUGCUCUAGGGGGACUCGUUGGGAGUAUACAGCCAAAUUUGGGAGUGCACGACUUUGAACAUCUUCCCCAGACCUGAAAUGGCAAUUUUAUUAGUGUGCUGUCUUUCAGGCUCUUCCGGUCUGUUCUAUGGCCACAGUAGCUUUUAAUUAACUCACAGGGGUGUUGUGAGGGUUACUUAUUGUUUGUACCGAAACUCCUGAAGAGUUGCUUUUUGGUGCUUAAUCAUCAAGCAACAAAAUGUUAAGCUAAAGGAAGAAAUUGAGAAUAACUAUGCAACCAGGAUUAAAACUUUACUGAAGUUAUUUAUGUGUGUGUCUAUUAGCUAUGAGAGGCAAGAGGAAUUUGGGGUGGAGUUGCGGGGAGAGAGAGAGAGAAGCAGGAGUUCAAAGAAGGAACACAGUAAAAUAUUGUAUAAUUGAGGGAUAUAAAAGGUGGUUGAUCACCUGGAAAGUGAAAGCUAGGGACCUUCUUGUCAUCCUGGUUUAUGAACCCAUUUCAACUUUGUUUGUCCCUAGACACAGCUGCAUGCUUUUCUGCCGGAGAUAUUCCAAUUUUCCCAAUUUCUUUUUCAUUCCAUUUCGUUUUUUAACUGUCUCAUGCCUUUCUAUAUUAUUGUACCCAAGGCAGUUUAUAACCCAUGGAAAUGUCAAAAUAUACAACCCCAAAAUACAUUGCCAUUCUGUAACAAUUCAGAAUACGACCGAAAAGGAACAAUUAAGGAAAUUCAAGGAUUUGUUUUGUUUAUAAUAUUACAAAAUGAUUGUCAACAAAAUCACCCCAAAUAUUACAAUAAAUGGUAAAUUAAAAGCAGCCAUGACAAUAUCAGCAGAAAUGUAACAUACACAGACUGGCCUUGUCUGUUUUGUUAGCUGAGUGAGGCAUUGGGAAGCUCCAAGACCUUCAGUAUUAGUUGUAAAAUAUAUAUAUAUAUCAAAAAAACUGGCCGACCACUAGAGAGGACCUGUCUCUGUUGUGUUUUGUGUGCUGUGCUUUAAAGGGUAAAGGUAAAGGGACCCCUGACCAUUAGGUCCAGUCGUGGCCGACUCUGGGGUUGCGGCGCUCAUCUCACUUUAUUGGUCGAGGGAGCCGGUGUGCAGCUUCUGGGUCAUGUGGCCAGCAUGACUAAGCCGCUUCUGGCGAACCAGAGCAGCGCACGGAAACACCGUUUUACCUCCCCUUCAGAGCGGUACCUAUUUAUCUACUUGCACUUUGACGUGCUUUCGAACUGCUAGGUUGGCAGGAGCUGGGACUGAACAACGGGAGCUCACCCCAUUGCGGGGAUUCGAACCGCCGACCUUCUGAUCGGCAAGUCCUAGGCUCUGUGGUUUAACCCACAGCGCCACCCGUGUCCUGUGCUGUGCUUUAGCUAGUUCCAAAUCUAAUGAAAUGAGUACUGAGCAGGGUUGCCUUUCUCAGUAAAUCAAGACGACUCUUGAUCUCAGUGUUGUGGGUUCAAGCCCCACAUUGAGCAAAAGAUUGCUGCAUUGCAGGUGGUUGGACUAGAUGACCCUCGUGGUCCCUUCCAACUCUGCAGUUCUGUGAUUCCGACAUCUUUCAUUGCUGUUGUUACUUUUAGUGCAGCUGUCCUAUGAUUACACACUCACUUCUAUACUUAGGGCUGCUCUGGAGUUUCCAGCUUAUGAAAACAUUGCAGGGUAUUAGGGGUUUAAGUCCCUAGCUGCAUGGAACAGUUCAAGUAUUUUUGUUUUUUUAACAAUCCUGAAAACCUUUUGAACCAUUGUCCUUUUGAUGAUCUGUAGAGUUUCAUUCUUUUAUGCUGCAGGUGUUUAAGCACCUUGAGAUAACCUAAUUUUUAUCUGCUUAGCAAUCCCGCCUUGAUGUUGCACAUCAAAAUGAAGGAAUGCAAAGGUUCCAAAUUAUACUAAUAAGGACAUAUGUCAGUGUUAAAAGUUGUAAGAGACAGCCUAAGGGCAGAGGAAUCCACUGUCUCUUUAAGAACAUUGUUCAUAGUUAAGUAAGAAAUAUUUAAAAGGCACCCAGUCACAACUGGGGCCCACGAUUCCCAUUUAACAUGAGCCCCCUUGGGUUAAGGCCCAGAUAUAGGGCAGGUGUGGGGGAACUUUGGCCCUCCAGAUGUUGCUGGCCAAUGGCUAUGGUUGCUAGGGUUGAGGGCAGUUGUUAGUUCAGCAACAUCAGAAAGGCCAGGUCUUCCUAUACCAGUGUCAGUAGUUGUGUGAGUUGAUCCUGAAAUGUACAGAAUAGUAUCAAAGAGGCACAGAAAUGGACUGCAAUAAUUUUGUGUGUUGCUACAUGAAGGGUGGUUGUGAAUAGCCAAGAGUGAGUAUGUCGUAUGUAUGAACUUGAAAAUAUCUUUUUAGCAUGGGCUACUGGAUGUUUCUAAUACGCUUGUAGAAAUGUUCGCCCUUUUGGUUUGCGGUGUUUUUAAUUAAUUGGAUGAGACUAAGUACAUAAUAGAGGGUAUAUUUGUUUAAGUAAGUAAAUUCUUCGAGCAUAAUUUUAACUAAACAAACACUGGAAGAAUUGCAUAGAGGAGAUACAUUUUUAUUUUUUUAUGGAUCCCUAAAAAACACACCCAGCCAUAUCCAAAAGUCCUCAUACAUUGCAUAAUCAGUCUCUUUUGAACUGGGUAGUAACAUAUGUGGGCUGGUAAGUCAACAGAGACUUUAAAAUAACUGUUUAGUGGGAUAACAAUAGUGAGUUCCUACGGGUAUUUUUCAAAACUUUAAAAGCACAGUCUGACAUCAAUACCAGGGAAGAUUCUGGAGCAGAUCAUUAAGCAAACAGUCUGUGAGCACCUAGAAAGGAAUGCUGUGAUCACCAAUAGUCAGCAUGGAUUUCUGAAAAAUAAGUCAUGUCAGACUAACCUGAUCUCGUUUUUGACAGAAUUACAAGCCUGGUAGAUGAAGGGAACGCAGUGGAUGUAGCCUACCUUGAUUUCAGCAAGGCAUUUGACAAGGUGCCUCAUGAUAUUCUUGUAAAGAAGCUGGUAAAAUGUGGUCUUGACUAUGCUACCACUCAGUGGAUUUGUAACUGGCUGACUGGACCGAACCCAAAGGGUGCUCAUCAAUGGGUCUUCUUCAUCCUGGAGAAGAGUGACUAGUGGGGUGCCACAGGGUUCUGUCUUGGGCCCGGUCUUAUUCAACAUCUUUAUCAACGACUUGGAUGAUGGACUCAAGGGCAUCCUGAUCAAAUUUGCAGAUGACACCAAAUUGGGAGGGGUGGCUAACACCCCAGAGGACAGGAUCACACUUCAAAACGACCUUGACAGAUUAGAGAACUGGGCCAAAACAAACAAGAUGAAUUUUAACAGGGAGAAAUGUAAGUAUUGCACUUGGGCAAAAAAAUUAGAGGCACAAAUACAAGAUGGGGGACACCUGGCUUGAGAGCAGUACAUGUGAAAAGGAUCUAGGAGUCUUGGUUGACCACAAACUUGACAUGAGCCUACAGUGUGACGCGGCAGCUAUUAAAGCCUAUGCAAUUCUGGGCUGCAUCAAUAGGAGUAUAGCAUCUAGAUCAAGGGAAGUAAUAGUGCCACUGUAUUCUGCUCUGGUCAGACCUCACCUGGAGUACUGUGUCCAGUUCUGGGCACCACAGUUCAAGAAGGACAUUGACAAACUGGAACGUGUCCAGAGGAGGGCAACCAAAAUGGUCAAAGGCCUGGAAACGAUGCCUUAUGAGGAACGGCUAAGAGAGCUGGGCAUGUUUAGCCUGGAGAAGAGGAGGUUAAGGGGUGAUAUGAUAGCCAUGUUCAAAUAUAUAAAGGAUGUCACAUAGAGGAGGGAGAAAGGUUGUUUUCUGCUGCUCCAGAGAAGCGGACACGGAGCAAUGGAUCCAAACUACAAGAAAGAAGAUUCCACCUAAACAUUAGGAAGAACUUCCUGACAGUAAGAGCUGUUCGACAGUGGAAUUUGCUGCCAAGGAGUGUGGUGGAGUCUCCUUCUUUGGAGGUCUUUAAGCAGAGGCUUGACAACCAUAUGUCAGGAGUGCUCUGAUGGUGUUUCCUGCUUGGCAGGGGGUUGGACUCGAUGGCCCUUGUGGUCUCUUCCAACUCUAUGAUUCUAUGAUUCUAUGAUUCUAUGAUUCUAUGAUUCUAAAAGGUAUCAGGAUGAAUCCAUGUAAAUCAUGCAUUUCCUGAACAAGAGUGUAUACCAGCUAGUGGCUGCAAGAAUCAAACCAUAUUGAUUUGCAACAAAAUAAGACCAAUCUUUGGUCGGUUCAGCCCUGCACUCCACACCUUUUGUAUGAGGGUUGAGGUGAUUUGGUAAACACUAUUUCUUUGGAUUUCAAAAAAAGCUUUUGACAUAGUUGUGGCGUUUGCCCUCGUAGGUGUGUGACAUCAUACUGGGCUCAUAAGGAAAGGGUUAACUAAUUGUAAAAUGACUAACCAAUAGGAACCCAAAGGGGGGAGUUAGAGUUGUUAAGAAGUCAGUCUGGAGUUAGAGAAGAGAGACAGAGAGGAUAAGACUGUGGGUUGGGCUAGUCUGAUGUGAGAGAGGGAGAGAAUCUUUUAAGAGGAGUCAGUCAAACAGUUGAGAUAAUCAGUCAGAAGGUAUUAGGAAGGUAUAGGCCUGUAAAGAAAGUAAAGUUAAGAAACUGACAAGAAUAUUAUCUGAGAAACCAUAAACUUGUUAAUACUAAUAAAAUAAACUUGUUUAUUUGGUUCAAUUUUAACAACUGGACUCAGAGUGUACCUGAGAGUAACGGGUUGGUGGCAGCGGAGAAGCGAGCACAGUGGUGGCACAAGGAUCAAUAGACCGUUAAACAUCCAGGGACCCAGUGUGAUUGCCACAAAAGUGUCUUGCCAAAUCCCUCACCAAUGAUUUCUGAGGUCAUUCUCACCCCAGAUACUGUAUGUCAAGUUAAAUAGUGCCAGUUCUAAUACAUAUCCUUGGGGAUCUCAGUGCUUACUUUUCUCUGUUGUGAAAACUGACAGUUCAAUGUCUCUGCACUUCCUGUUGUUUAAUCACUUGUCUACAAGAGAUCUAUUUAAAUCAUUUAUAUCCUCCUUCUAGUAAAAUAAAAUCCAGGAUGGCUUAUAAAAGUGAACAAUCAGGAUAAGGUGCACACUUUUGUUUUGGAAUGAUGUGAUUCUGCUUGAUCAGUGCUUCUGCUGUAUAUCUGAUAUGCCAAUUUCGGGCCAGCUUGAGUAGAUCUCUCCAUUAAAACAAAAAUCCAAAUCCUGUUGAUGUCUUCCAGGGAAUUGUUGCAGAACUUGUGUCCUCUAACAUCUACAACUACUAAUUACACAUAAUCAACACACCUCGGCUGGUUUGAGGGUCAGGGCAAAGUGGCUAAGAAAGUUCUGGCUAAGGCAGUUAAGGAUUCUCGUGAGAAUUCAUCAGAGGAACCCAUGGAAAAAUUGAUGAAAUAUAGAUUAAAAUACAAGAUUCGCCUAUAUUGGCUGGCUUAUUUACCACUAUAAACAACAUGGGGCAAAUGCCCUCUGGAUGGAAAAGGGGUAUCACUUUCCCGAUAUAUAAGGAAGGUGAUCAUUCCUAUCAGCUAGCUAGCUUGUUAGGCAUACAUGCACAUUAUUUGAUCAUUCACCACUUCAUUUGUCAUUGUUUGACCCUUGAGGACUUGCAGACUCCAUUGAAAAGUGUUUCCUUUGAGGCUGACACUGGGAUUGGGUGAUACGAAAGCUCAAUCUGUGCUCUUAGAUCUGUGGCAACACAUUUGCACACGGAAGUCAAGUGAUGAACAUGUGUCUGUGAAUUAGCAUCGUGUUUCCCUGGACGUGCCAUUGAUGAUGUAUUCUAUGUCGUGCAACCAGAUACGUUGUAAUUAUUCAAAGAAAAAAAACUACAGUACAGUGAAUAAGUUAAUUGUUGGUGCAUCCCCCCCCCAUGUUAAAAGAUGACUCUCCUGCCCCCGUCCUGUUUUACUUCUCAGUAGGGUCCACUGCCAUCUGCUAAACCAAUAGCUUAGGGGAGGGGCAGAAUGUGUACUUUAGUCUCAUGAGUACUUCCUACACAACAAAACCAAAUUAGCUGCCAUUUGAAAUCUUCCCCAAACACUUCUUGGAGCUGUAAAAAUAUUUUUUCCCAGUUUCUAUAGUAUCACAGUCUGAUUUAGAUUCAUAAUACCCAGUAAGUCUAUUCCUGCACUAGCAAGUGCCACAAAUGCAAAGGAACAAAACUCUCUCCCCCAAGAGUGUGACUGCUGGAUCCAUAACAGUUGUCAUCUUGGAGGAAAUCAGAAUACCUUGAUGCAGCCCUCAACUUGUUUUGGUUCUUAAAGGAUUAGGCCAGGUAAGGUGGAGUAAAGCCUAAAAUAUAACUGUAUCUAUCUGUAGUUAUAACUAUAUAUAUAUUCUGUUGGCUUAAAACAACCUCAGCCCAUCUGCUUUGUGGAUCUUGUUUUGAAGAGAAAUUAAUUAAAUUACAUCAUUGUGGCUUUCCUCUGGUUCCUUAAGUAGCAGUCUAUAUUUUUAAUCCAUGCCGAAGACUGACAGUUUAAGAGACUUGGGAGAAGAGUAACUGUGUUUGAACCUUAUGCCUUUCUUGCCACUGAUUUCAUUAACAAAGACCCAGUUCAGGAUCUGUCUGUGUCUCUGGCAAGCUGCAGGUUGCUUGUUAGAGCCCGGGGGCGAGGGAAGGAUGUGGGUGAGGGACGAGGGCCAUAGAUCAUCAUCAUCAGAGCUUGUGAUCUGCUUGAAGGAGGUUGCAAUUUCAAUUGCCACCACCUGCAGCUAAUAAGUAUAUGUGGUUUCUAGCUGGGAAAGGCAUCUGUCUGAGGCCAUGGAAUGUCAAACUAGAUAUGGUAGGCUAGAUGGAUUUGGUCUAAGGGUCUUCAGGUGAACUUGAGUGCCUGCGGUGGGAAUCUGUGCCCAUGUUGAUGAAUAUUCAUUCCUUUGAAACACUUUGUUGGUACUCUACGUAUAAAGAUGGAGAGCACCAAGAAGUAGGCCUGGAGAACAGGUGGAGUUCUAACCAGCUGCCUGCUUGGAAAAGAGUAUGACAUUGAGAUUGGUUUAUUAUGUUUGUGCUCAGAAACUUCAGUCUCACUCUCCCUGGGAUCCACCUCUACGUGGACAGAUCUCUGAAUUCUGUUUUUGAAGUGUAGCCUGUGCUACCCAUAAUUCACUUAGUUAUUAUUUCUGGUGCUCUGGAAGAGGCAGCAGCAGCAGCCAAGAUAUCCUUAAUAUUUAUGGUUAGCAAUGAACUAAACACCAUCCUCAUGAUAAACCAAGCUGGGUGGGAGCUUUAAUCUCCUUGCACUUCAUUGCACCUUAAUCUUCUUUGCUUGUCUCUGAAUCGAGUAAUACCUCCAUGCCUGUUGUGUGCCAGUGGCUGACUUCAUCACAUUGCUCACUAAAUUAUAACACUGCAUAAGGAUUUUGUACACGCAUAUAUCUGUAUUUUCUUUUAUUUCCAGUUUCAAAGUCAUAGAUUUUGAUUAGAGAUAAAACAGCAAGUAAUCCUCUGUUUUUUUAAACAUGCAGAAUGACAGAUUUAUUCUGUUAUGCAUGCAUUCCUUUUAUGUAACUUGUCUAAAAUUAGAGGUUAGACCCACCCACUUUGAGUUAGACCAUUGAGCAUUCAGUAACAAUUGUUAAACAGCAACAGUAUUCAGUUAAACCUCCUGCUUGUCUUUUUGCCCAGUCCUGAAACAUAUGCUUUCGUUUUAAUUAUAAAAACUGUUGAGGGAUGUCCAAAGAGAAUUGAAGUCUUUACUUGUUGCAAGCAAAAAUGAUGCCAUCUUAAUGACAUUUAUUUCAACAGUGUUCAUAUAUCCCUCCCUGCAAAAGAGAAAACCAGAAGAACACUGAAAAUGUAAAGCUCUGGCAGGUUUACUGGGAAGAUGAAGUUGGCUCUCAGCCUUUCACGUGCUACUUUAAUCAACACCUCAGGUGAGUAUCUUGGCUCAUUUGCUGUCAGGGCCCAGGGUUGGAUCUAGACGCAUCAAAGAAGCGUUUCAGUUAAAUGCGUUGCAAACUUUGUAGGAGAAAUCGGGUGAGCGAAAACGGAACUCCACAGCGCCAUCUGGUGUCACAAGUGUUAGAAUGCAUAAACAAUGCGUAUAAAGCAUUUUUUCUUUGCCCAUGUAGCAGAGUCCCAGCAGGGCUCUGGCAAGUUUGGGGCGGAGGCAGUGGGGUGGGAGGUUGACCAAGGAGAGGGGUUGUGUGCCACACACGAGGCAGGAACCAAGGCGAAGGGAAUCAGGGUCUGAGCAGUCAGAGACGGAGAUCGGGGCUCAGGACCUGUCGGAAGCGGGGGAAGAGGAAGAAUGCAUAUGUGCUGUUUAUGCGUUCAGGUGAGGGACAGGCUGGUCAAAUACCCUAGAACCUGUUCAAAUACCCUAGAACCCUUCUAUGCAGCAGAAGUCUCAGGUUGUGCGCACGAACCCAUCAGACGAGGGUACAUAAGCUGGGGAAGGGGGAGAUAUGGUCCCAGUGUUGCUUCAACUGCUCUGCCAGGCAAAGCACAAACCUGGAAAAGUUAAUGGCAGCUACGUAGACUCCAGAAGUCUGUGUAUCCGGUGCACCUGAGGAGCUGCUCCAAAUGUGUGUGCUUCCCCCACCCCCCAAGAAUUUAACUAUCAGCCAUUUGCUUUCUUCGGCUGGGUUGCGCAAGACACCUGCUAGUUUAUAUACAUCGGGUCUGACUGGAAAAGAAAUUCCAGGAUUCAAGCUAAGAUAUAACUGUACAGUGGUACCUCGGGUUACAGACACUUCAGGUUACAGACUCCGCUAACCCAGAAAUAGUACCUCGGGUUAAGAACUUUGCUUCAGGAUGAGAACAGAAAUCGUGCAGUGGCAGCGGGAGGCCCCAUUAGCUAAAGUGGUACCUCAGGUUAAGAACAGUUUCAGGUUAAGAAUGGACCUCCAGAACGAAUUAAGUUCUUAACCUGAGGUACCACUGUAUAGCAAAUUUGACACCCUGUUUGGGCAUUCAGUUUACUUGUGCGUAAGGACCGGAAGCUGUAUACCCGCUCCCUUGGCGAAUAAAGCGAGAUGAGCCCCACAAUCCCAGAGUCGUCCGCGACUGGACCUAAUGGUCAGGGGUCCCUUUACCUUUAAGGAACAGGAGCAUGUCGUUUUCACCCAGGGUGAAUCUACACACAGGGGGGAAAAACCCACUGUUAUUUAUAACCAAAGUCCGAAAUUAAAUCAUUAUAACAAAAGUUUUUUUUUAAAUGCUAAAGAAAGGUUUUGUGGUCUCUGGUGCCAUGCUUGUCUCUGGUGUUGCAUGUUUAUAAUGCAUUCAUUCAAAUCACUGGUUUGUUUGUUUUUUUACUAAUGUAGCUGAGUUCCCCGUUUAUAGACUUCUGUAAGUCUGAGGCCAGAGAUCUGAUGUGGCAACUUCUUCUGCUCAUGGAGUUCCUCCGGCGGUUUAGAAAACCCUGGAAAAAUCAGGUUCUUCACGAGGCAAGAGGUGGCUCCCACUUUCAACCUCUCAUACUCAAGGAGAGCUCUAAAUGGUUCAAAAUGUGAUGUGCUGAAGGGGGUGGGGCUUUGCAGCAAGUCUCUGCUAGCCUUUUGUGUACUCGCUUACACAAGGGCAAACAGAAUGCCCAAGUAGGGCCACAGUCUUGCUGAUCACUAAUUAAUAAACAUUUGAAGUUAGAAUUAUUAUUAUUACUUUGUAGUACAGGCCCUACUAUUCAGCUAAAAAUUUACAAGCUGGCUUCCAGUAUUUCAUUUAAUUUUUAAGUCUUACUUUAUUUAAGGUAGUUAUAGAACACUCAAUUCCAAUAGUUUCUAAGCAGCGAACAUAAAAAUUACAGAAGGCGUACGCGAAUGAAAUCAGUGGAAAUCAACUGUAAAAGCAGAAUUCUUCCUUAAAAUGGCUGCUGAAAAAGAAAGAUCUUUGACAGGCACUUGAGGUUCCACAGGUAGGGGGACCCAUCUAAUCAUAGCCUGGAGGGAGCACAUGGAAUCCAUUGCUUAUGGUGGAUAUAAUUAUUAUUAUUAUUAUUAUUAAAAAAUAUCAUUCCAAGAAGGCUUCCUAUAGUCUUUCCUGUCCAGCACAAUCCAACAACUGGUGUGGAUGCGUGUUGUCAGUCCAGGACCUAAGGAUGCAUGCAGCUCCUGAUUGUCGCCUACAAAGCAUUCCCAGGAAAUCGUUUUUUUAGGGAUUGUUAUCUAAUGUGGCACCAGUUGAGUUUUGCUGGUGCAAUGGGACUUUUUCUCCUCUCAUGUGCCCCCUAGACUCUGUUCUGGAGGGUUCCCCCAACCCCCCAGAGGUGAUUUUGAGAGCAUGUGAGGGGACUGGAGGACCAGGAGAGGAAGAAGCAGCUUCCUGGUGUGCACAGAAGUCUGUUGCACCAGAGGAGAUGCUGUGUUGGAUACGGUCCAAACACUGUCCUGAGUAAAACGGGUUCUAUAUACAGUGGUACCUCAGGUUAAGAACUUAAUUCGUUCUGGAGGUCUGUUCUUAACCUGAAACUGUUCUUAACCUGAAGCACCACUUUAGCUAAUGGGGCCUCCUGCUCCCGCCGCGCUGCUGCCGCGCGAUUUCUGUUCUCAUCCUGAAGCAAAGUUCUUAACCCAAGGUACUAUUUCUGGGUUAGCGGAGUCUGUAACCUGAAGUGUAUGUAACCCAAGGUACCACUGUAUGUAGACUGCAAUAAGAAAAGGAAAUCUUAUGCAUGCUGGGGGUUAAAAAACCCCCUCCUAUUUCAUCUUGACCCCAAACAAACUGAGAUUGUGAUAUUCUGCAAUUGGUGCUUUAAUUUGCUUGGUAUUUUUUGUCCGUUGGAUCCCCUCCCAGUUGGGAUAUAAACGGAUAAAUAUUAUAAAUUCCAUUUUGUGUGGGAGAAGGGAUUUUUGUCCUUUUUCUGUAGGCUGGAUUUGAUAGGCUGGCUUUGCAGCCAUUCAUCCCAUCACUAAAAGCCAGCCUACAUGCCGUUUUCCUGUCCUACGCUCCUUUGUAACAUUACAUGGUGACCUUGAGGGCUGCUCUUUGUUAAUAUUGGAGCUGUCUUCCUCUCCUUCUGUUUCUAACCUGGCAUUCCCUAGUUAGGAAGCAAGUUAGGUAACCAGUCAAAUGAGGCUGAAGUGAGACAGAGGGUUAAAGCUGGUCUCUUUUAUAUCUUAUGAACAGCUCCUUGAAGCCAGUGCAGGCACUGAAGAACAGCAGUAACUAGCUUGAAUUGAAUUGAAUUUCUUUGGCAGCUGAAGCUUCCAAACCUUCAUCAAGCAGCCCCAUGCCCACUUCAUUGCAGUAGUCUAUUGCCACAAUUACAUAAAUAAAUAGGAGCUGAAUUUUGAGCCUGACUUGAAAAGUUGGGAGUCAGUUUAUCAGCAGCUGGUGGAAAGUUAUUCUGCUUAGUAACUACAGUCAUAUCCAUUAGGUUCAACAGCAACAGAAGCCUCUAAACCAGAACUUAAUUGGGAAGACUAAACACCCUUUGUUGUUGUUGUUUAGUUAUUCAGUCGUGUCCAACUCUUCGUGACCCCAUGGACCAGAGCAUGCCAGGCACUCCUGUCUUCCACUGUCUCCUGCAGUUUGGUCAGACUCAUGUUGGUAGCUUCAAGAACACUGUCCAGCCUUCUCAUCUUCUGUUGUCCUCUUCUCCUUGUGCCCUCAAUCUUUCCCAACAUCAGGGUCUUUUCCAGGGAGUCUUCUCUUCUCAUGAGGUGGCCAAAUAUUGGAGCCUCAGCUUCAGGAUCUGUCCUUCCAGCGAGCACUCAGCACUGCUUUUCUUCAGAAUGAAUAGGUUUGAUCUUCUUGCAGUCCUUCAUGGAUCACUGCCUUGCUGUGGCGAAGGGGUUUGGAUAACUCAGAGAAGCUAUGAGCUAUGCCGUGCAGGGCUACCCAAGAUGGACAGGUCAUAGUGGAGAGUUUUGACUAAACGUGAUCCACCUGGAGCAGGAACUGGCAAGCCACUCCAGUAUCCCUGCCAAGAAAACUCCACGGACAAAACAGCCUUGAAAACCAUCAUUCCUAGGUCAGAAGAACUGCUGGACACCAUGAUUUCUGCCUUUGUAAUUUAGCUUCAGUUUCAUUCUGUUUCCGUUUCAAUACCCAGUACAGCACACUGCUUCUUUGGCAGUGUUUAUCAGUCCACUUCCCCAAGAGGGUGGCAAAAAAUGAGCAUCAAGAGCCCUUUCAGAUGUUGCUCAUCUCUAAAGACCAGGAGCAGAGAGGGGAACAAUGCUGAAAGAGAAUGCCAACAAUAAGCAGCACCUGUUAGGUUGUGCUGACUCACUGCACCAGCCUUAAUUACUUUCACCAUCAGCAAAGCUGUAAUUGAUUGCAUGGCACUCCAGGUUUGUUUUCUCUCGAAAUGUUUGUAUUUUAUUUUAAUGAACUUAAAUUUUAUUGGCAAACGCAUUGGCAAAGCUUGGGCGUUUUAGCAUUUUGCCUCCAGCCAUGUUUCCCUUUAGUGAUCAUGCUGGAGCUUGUAAAAAGAAGGGAGAAAGAAGUUCAUCACUAAAAAUGCAUUAGCAGCAGUCCAGUGGACACCCCUGCAAAGCCAUUCGGUGUAACUGAUGUCCUUUCUUGCUAGAGACAGAAAUGGGGUUUGGAAGGUUUGACUUGUAGGCAGGGCCAGGCUAGGCAUGCAGUUUAACAGAUGGAAAACAACAUUGCAAAGAUUGAUGGAAGAAAGCCUUGCUUAUCGUUGUGUUUUCUAUUUUGCUGAGAGCUGAGGACUCUCAGCCUGAGGGCCAAAUAAUAAUAAUAAUAAUAAUAAUAAUAAUAAUAAUAAUACCACCUCACCCAUCUGGCUGGGGAAACCCAGCCACUCUGGGCGGCUUCCAACAAAAGAUUAAAAAUACAUUAAAACAUCAGUCAUUAAAAACUUACCUAAACAGUUUUCAGAUGUCUUCUAAACUUCAGAUAGUUGUUUAUUUCUUUGUCAUCUGAUGGGAGGGCAUUCCACAGGGCGGGUGCCCUACCAAGAAGGCCCUCUGCCUGGCUCCCUGUAACCUCACUUCUUGCAGUGAGGGAACUGCCAGAAGGUCCUUGGAGCUGGACCUCAGUGUCCGGGUUGAACGAUGGGGGUGGAGAUGCUCCUUCAGGUAUACUCGGCCGAGGCUGUUUAGGGCUUUAAAGGUCAGCACCAAGACUUUAAUUGUGCUCAGAAAUGUACUGGGAGCCAAUGUAGAUAUUUCAAGACCGGUGUUAUGUGAUCUUGGCGGCCACUCCUAGUCACCAGUCUAGCUGCCGCAUUCCCUCCUGAGGGCUGUCUGCCACUGGUGGGUGGGGCCAGAGGCAAAAGUGGGCAGAGCAAUGAAUGUUAAUUUCACCUCUGUACAGACAUCUAUUCCUCUCCAUCAUUCUUCCAGCCAAUCCAGAGUCAUGGGCAGAGUUAAAGGAUACAUUUCAGCUAGGUAAAAACACCCAAGGAGGGCAUGAAGGAGGGCCAGAGGUGGUGUGUGAAAAAUCCUGAUGGCCGGAGGCCUGGAGGGUUACAUUCACCCCCAGUCCUGAGGUUCCCCACCCGUGAGUUAGACUUUAUAAUAUAGAGUACAGAUAGAGAAUUUGUAGUCCUCCAACUUUUGCUGAACACCAGCACCCAUCAUCUGUGACCACUGGGCAGGGCUGAUGGACUCCAGCAACACCUGUCAGGGUGUCACAGGCUCACACACACCCCGCCUUGAUGUGGGGUUUACAAAGCCAUUUAACUUGUCCCUGGUUACCUGGCUACUAGCAUUUUUUAAACCUUUUUAUGGGGAGGAGGGAGUCCCAAAAUUUCACUAAUAAGGAAAUCUGUUUACAGAGUGCUGCAAGGCAGAUAUUUAAACCAGUAAUGUUACAUCGCUGUUUUAAAUUUUACAUGUAACAUCCUGCAUGUGCAAAACCCGUGUUAGAUGUCCCGGCUUGUACUCUCAGCUUUACCAUCAUUGAUAAUGUCAGAUUGCACAGCAAAAUACAAUUUUUGGACCACUGUCAAAAGCCACAGGUGCACAAGCAUUGAGCGAUGAUGCCUCCUGGAGCAGUAGGCCAACUGUGUGGGCUAGCUUAAGACCACAAGAGUUAAUGCGCUGGAUCAAACCCAAGACCUGCCCGCGCCACAUCUGCGCCAUACAUUUAAAGCACUGUGACACUACUUUAUGCAAUCAUGGCUUCUCCUAAAGAAUUGUGGGAGCUGUAGUUUAUUAAGGUGCUGAGAGUUGCUAGGAGAUCCCUAUUCCUGGGGCUUUUUUUCAGCCAGAACUCACCAGAUCUCAGUUCCAGCAGCAUCUCUUAGGUGGGCGCCAUUGCCAUUCUAAGAGAACAAGGAAGGUGUUCAUGAUGAGUUCUGCCACCUCUUUCUCUAGAAAAAUAGCACUGCCUAUUCUCCUCACAGAACUACAGUUCCCAGAGUGGCUUAAUAGUCAUGAACUCUGAAGCCUUGUAGCUCUGUGAGGAGAACAGGGACCUCUCAGGCCCCUUAAUAAACUACAGCUCCCUUAAUUCUUUGGGAGAAGCUGUGAAUAUUCAAAGCUUUGAAAGUAUGGUGUGAAUGCGGCCACCUUUCCUAACUGUUGUGGAGCAGAUACCUAUGGGUAGCCCAUAAGCAAGACAUGAGGAAAGAGUGCUCUGCUCAGCAACUCCUCAGCAAUGGGUGUUAGAGGCAAAAAGCUUCUGAGGCUGAAGGUAGUUCAAACACAGACAUCAUGCCUAGUAGCCAUUAGUAGACUUAACCACCACAAAUUCAUCUAAUCCUCUUUAAAUGCCACCUGAAUUGUUGACCAUCUUGGAGCAAAUUUCAUCAUUUUAACCAUGUGCUGUGUGAAUAAGUACUUCACUUUGUCCCGAAUCUUCCAACAGUCUGCUUUCUUGGAUGACCUUACCUUCUAGUAUCACAAGAGAUGGAGGAGUCUCUCCACUCCACACAUGGCUCUGUAUACCUCUCUGAUCCCACACUCACCUUUUUUCCUAAACCCAAACAGCCCCAAUUGCUGUAACUUUGCUGUGUUACUGUAAUUGGCCGGGAAGCGGUGUGGGUCUCACUGUACUCCCUACUAAGCAUCUUGGUUGAAGAGUGAGAUUAUGUUUGCUCAAGGAAAGUUGUUUGCCAGGUGUUGACUUUGCCUAUCUCUCCCCCCCCCCUUUUUAAUACUGCAAGCAAUUAGCAUGGCAGUUUGGGGGCUGUGCAUAUAUCCUCACCUAUUGUGCUGAAAUAAGUUUAUUGUUUAUUUUCCAUUGUGACUUGGCAGCUGUACCCUUUAUCCUAUGCCAGGAGAAAGUGCUAUACACAAAUAUUUGAUUAGGGUUCAGUAAAUGAAAGCAUGUAAUAGACCGAUGACUAUCUGAGGAUCACUAGUUUGCACCCCGGGGGUCAUCCAUCUUGGAAUAAUUACUUGCUGGCAGAGGACUUACUGUUACGAGACUGUUCUGCUUUAGAGCAUCUGUUAGGCUUUGCUUUGUCCUCAUAGUUUGAUCUCUCUUCUUUGGAGUGGCAACCAAAUCCAGAUUGAAACCGGGACCCCAUGCUGAAAAGAUCAUGCUGUGCAAGACAAUCUGUCUUUGAAUGCAUUUCAUUUAUGUAACAGAAUUAAGGAAGCGAGUGGAGUCUUACAGGGGUGGGGCAGGCUAAAAGAAGAGGGCCAGUGAGCUGCAAUCAACAGAGAUCUGCAAAGCUGCAUGAGGAUGUUGAUGACUCGGAAAGGCACUCUGGCCCAGAAUUCUAGGAGUGCAAGACUACCCUUGAGGUUCCUCUCGGAGCAGUUUCCCCGUUCACAGGAAACAGCCCCAUUGCCUGAAUGGUCCAGGUGUUCAUGGAAGAGUUGCCUUCAUGGAAGUGAAUGGAUAAACCUUUACAGGUGUGGGUGCUUCACCUGCGCAUCAGAGCACCCACACUCCCAAGAAAUUAUGUGCUAAUGUUGUUGUUUAGUCGUGUCCGACUCUUCGUGACCCCAUGGACCAGAGCACGCCAGGCACUCCUGUCUUCCACUGCCUCCCGCAGUUUGGUCAAACUCAUGCUGGUGGCUUCGAGAACACUAUCUUACAUUCCAGGUUCCUGUGCAAUAUUUUUCUUUACAGCAUUGGACUUUCCUUUCGCUUCCAGGCAUAUCCGCAACUGAGCGUCCUUUCGGCUUUGGCCCAGCCGCUUCAUCAGCUCUGAAUCUACUUGUACUUGUCCUCCGCUCUUCCUCAGUAGCAUGUUGGACGCCUUCCGACCUGAGGGGCUCAUCUUCCAGUGUCAUAACUUUUAUAUGCCUGUUGUCUUUGUCCAUGGAGUUUUCUUGGCAGGGAUACUGGAGUGGCUUUCCGGUUCCUCCUUCAGGUGGAUCACGUUUGGUCAAAACUCUCCACUAUGACCUGUCCAUCUUGGGUGCCCUGCACGGCAUAGUUCAUAGCUUCUCUGAGUUAUUCAAGCCCCUUCGCCACGGCAAGGCAGUGAUCCAUGAAGGGGAUGUGCUAAUGUAGAUAUCUGCAAAUGUAGUAUAUGUCAUAUAAACCGAUUGGUGAUGCCGUCUAAAUAUUACCCCAUGGGAGCUCCAACUCACCUGCUUCAUUGCAUUUAUGGGAAAGAGACAAAAUACACAGUGUUUUGGGGGAUUGGCAUUGCCCCUGGAAGGCUAGUGGGCUCAGUCUGCUGGAGGCUUGCAAAACGUUCUGUCUGGAAGCGCCCUAAGUGUUCACAGGAACACAAGUCAGAUUCCGUUGUUGUGUUCUUUUCCAAAGCACUUUUUUACAACCUAGGGAUACAAAUCAAUAAGGUGUCCUACCCUAGGGAAACCCAUUAACCAUCACUAUUGGCUGGGCAUGAGGAGCUGGCCUCACUGUGGGUUUGUGUUGCCACAUUUGGUUCACUCAGCAAGCUGGUUGCUCGUCUUUUUUCAAUCCCCCAGUUGUUUGAGGCGGACGCUUAGACACAUAAAUCAACUCAGAUGGCAUAAUUCAAGAUUUGAGAUAAUAAUUGUUGUCCAUGUAUCCUGUAUCUCACAGUUUUUUCCACUUUCAUAGUUAACUAUUAUUGGCUUAAUUUAAAGAUGUUUGAAUAUAUUUUUGAAAAAUAAAAUAUUUUUGUAUAUCCCAACACCUAUGCACUUAUUGAAAAUGUUACGCAGUCUGAAAUUGUUGUGUAAUGUUUCUCUGAGUCAUUUUCAAAUGUGGAAAACUCUAGAAUUUCUCUUUCCAGUUAAUAUUUGCCAUGCACCAUGGUGGUAAUUUGUAGAACUUAUUGUAGUUCCUCUUCUUUUUAUUGUUUGACUUUUAUUUACAGGGUGGAUGGUCCUGCGGGUUGAAGCACUGGAGAUAAUGUUUACCAAUUUCCACUACAGGCCUCACCCCUUUAAAAAUCUACUCUGGGUGUCUUGGUUUUUCUGCCCUGCUUUCCUCGCUUCCUUCCCCCUGUAAUUCUGCCUUUCCUAUUGCAGACCGGACGACGUACUGUUACGACGCACACACGACGAGUCGGUUCUUUUGCACUGCUUCCUUUGGCCGGUGGUGACGUUCCUGGUUGGGGUCCUCAUUGUGGUUCUCACCAUAUGUGCAAAGAGCUUGGCUGUCAAAGCAGAAGCGAUAAAGAAAAGGAAGCACUCCUAAGUGGUUCACUUUCCUUGGAUGAAAGCGGAGGGGAUUUUGUAGGAGGAGUGUCAGCAGUGCCAAAUGCAACUGACAGGCACUCCCGUGGCGCUUCCCAGCGAUGCCCGUUCCCAGUGUAUUGCCAGCUGUUGGUCUUGCUGAUGCCUGAAGAUUACUCUUAGGUUGACCACGCUGUGAAUUGUUAGCUAGCUGCUUCUGCCACUAAAGAAAGCAAAAUGUGUCUAUUCCAAAAAAAAAAUGAUCCUAAGCUGCACCAAACUGGCUGUACUGCAUUUUAUGAAAUCUGAACGAUGGCUCUUCACUCCAGGUCUUUUGAUGGACUGAAGGACAGUUUCUUGGGGGGAAGGACCCCCAAAGUGUGGUUGACUUCAUCUUAGCAAAAUGAUCUUUCUUACCAUUAUUAUUUAGUAUUGAAUAUUUAUUAUUUCCUUUCUCAUAGAC